AUGAAAGGCAAGCCUCUCCCAUUUCUCAUCACACCGUCGGUAUUCAAGCAGCUUCUCCGUCAAUGCUGGCACGUCAAUGUUCUCAGCGGUGACUCCGCCAUCGACAAAGACGACGAGGUCCUAUUUGCCCUCAUGGACGACGAAACGAUCGCGCAGCGCUUCGGCACGACCAGGCCCGUUGACGAAAAAGCUGAACUCAACAAGGAUGGCUAG